AUGGGUGAAGUUUUAGAAAAUAUAAAUCCAAAGUUGUAUGACAAAUUAGGUGACCGUUUGAUUACAACUGAUGAUUAUAAUGAGGAUAUUGUCGAUGAGUUUGAUUCUCGAGAAGUUUUUGAUUUAAUCAGAAAUAUUAAUGAUCCAGAACAUCCUUUGACAUUAGAAGAACUUCAUGUCGUUGAGCAAAAUCUUAUUGAAGUUGACAAUAAAAAAAAUAUUGUAAAAGUAAAUUUCACUCCGACAAUCCCACAUUGCAGCAUGGCAACAAUAAUUGGGUUAUCAAUACGCGUCCAAUUAUUGCGAGCCUUGCCAUCAAGAUUCAAAGUAAACGUAGAAGUGUCUCCAGGAACACACAACGCUGAAGCGGCGGUUAAUAAACAAUUGGCCGAUAAGGAACGAGUAGCUGCAGCUUUAGAAAAUUCCCAUUUAAUUAGAGUUAUUAACCAGUGCAUAUACUCUGAAAAAUAAUUUUUAAAUUUUAUUAUUGUUCUGAAUAAAAUAUCUUAA